UGUACCACUUCUGGGCGCGAAAGCUCGAACUUCGCUGCUGAGCUGGAGACGGCGGGAGCUGUCGCCCGCCAGUUGAGGUUACUGGGGACAGGUUCUCCUGGAGCCGCGCGGUGGGAAGGCCGGAAUCAUGACCGGCGAGGUGGGUUCUGAGGUUAACCUGGAAGGCAGUGAUCUAAAACUCAUUUCGCAAGAAGCAGCAGACAGUCCUGUAGACAGUGGACAGGGCAGCUUUGAAACACUCGAGCCCUUGAGUGAUAGAGAUUCUGAUGAAGAGAUAUUUGUGAGUAAGAAACUGAAGAGCAGGAACGUGUUACAUGACAGCGAUUCUGAGGCUGAGGACAGAAAUGAUGCACCGGAGAAACCCACCUAUGAUAGCACAGAGGAGAAUAAGGAGAACUUACACUCAGGGAAGAGUCAGCAGAUCAGAAGCAUUUCCAAAGCUCUGGCUGACAGUGACGAGAGUGACAUGGAGGGAACUCUGUGUCAAGAGAGUCUUGAGACUCAAGAGACUCCCUCCUUGGAGCCAAGCUACCACACAGGAAGCUCUGUGGACUUCACCAUCAACAAAAAGCUCUCCAAGACACUCCACAGAGAAGGAACUGAAGGAAAAGCAAAAUCCAAGAGAAGACUCAGGAAAGAGGAGAGAACAAUGGAGAAAAUCAGGAGACUGAAAAGGAAGGAAACAAGACGUGAGGAAAGUGAUGCAGACCGGCCGCUUAAUGACAGUGGCUGUCUCCUUGAAGAUAGUGAUCUUUUUGAAACAGGUUUGGAGGAAGAAAAUGACUCUCCACUGGAAGAUGAAGAGUCGUUAGAGUCAAUAAGGGCUGCUGUAAAAAACAAGGUGAAGAAUCACAAGAAAAAGGAACCAUCUCUGGAGAGUGAGACCUUUUCAUUAGAAGAUGAAAAUGAGUUACCCAAAGGCAGUGUGAGGAAGGAAAGAAAGGCAGCAAAGUUAAGUAAGGAAGCAUUAAAAAAACUACAUAGUGAGACUCAGCGUCUAAUCCGAGAAUCUGCACUUAAUCUUCCAUAUCAUAUGCCUGAGAGUAAAACUAUUCACGAUUUCUUCAAACGUAAGCCCCGGCCCACUUGCCAGGGCAGUGCCAUGGCCCUGCUGAAGUCAUGUAAGUAUCAGUCGGGUCAUUACAAGGAAACCAUAAACACAGCAGAUGCAGCUGGAGUGAAUGCUGAUGACCCCAGCAAAGGUUCUUCUGAGCAGAGAACAGGGGCAGGAAUUGCAACGGAAACUAACAUUCUCCCUGAGGUCUCAGAAGAAGCCAGGAUCACUGCUGGAUCAGCUGAGGCUUGUGGGAAGGAUCUGAUAAGACGAGGAGAGCUAGAAAUUGAGGAGACUGAGAAGCACAGUGAUGACAGACCUUCUUCUCCAGGGGACAGAUCCUUGUCACAGCAGGAACCCUCCAUCUCCAGGAUCAAAGACCAUAAGGGGCAGCAGGCUGGAGAACUCACAGAAUCUGACCCUCAUUCCCUGGAGGGCAAAGAACUGAAAACAGCAGAAGAAACUGACAUGCCUGAGCAGAAAACUAAAUCAGCAGCUGCCCCACCUGAAAAGGUGAGACGAUUCACCGUGGACCGACUUAGACAGCUGGGAGUGGAUGUUUCCAGUCAGCCUCGGCUGGGUGCUGAUGAAGACUCCUUUGUGAUACUUGAUGAGCCUGAAACCAACAGAGAAUUGGAAGCCUUGAAACAGCGUUUCUGGAGGCACGCUAAUCCAGCAGCCAGUCCCAGGGCUCGUCAGACGGUGAAUGUGAACAUCAUCGUGAAGGACUUGGGCACUGAUGGGAAGGAGGAGCUAAAAGCAGAAGUAGUGCCUGUCACGUUGGCAGCAGAGAAGCUGGAAGGAACAAGUCACACAAAACCAGGUGAAAAACUGCAGAUGCUAAAAGCUAAGUUGCAGGAGGCAAUGAAACUCCGAAGGCUUGAGGAGCGGCAGAAGCGCCAAGCAUUAUUUAAAUUAGAUAAUGAAGAUGGAUUUGAAGAGGAGGAGGAAGAGGAAGAAAUGACAGAUGAGUCUGAGGAAGAUGGAGAAGAGGAGACUACAGAAUAUCUUCUUGGUAGUGAAGAUAUGGAAACCAAAGAUGAAAAAGAAACAGAUAAAGAAAAUACAGAUGCCAGUAGUGACAUUGGCAAGUCUGUUGCCCUCUGUGUCCCCAAGCCCAUCUCCUCAGACUCCACCUUACUUCUGUUUAAAGACAGCUCUUCUAAGAUGGGUUACUUUCCUACUGAAGAAAAAUCAGAAACAGAUGAACACAUGGCCAAGCAGUCUGACAAACUAGAUGAAGAUGACUCGAGUUCACUGCUAACAAAGGAGAGCAGCCACAAUAGCAGCUUCGAGCUGAUUGGCUCCACGAUUCCAUCGUAUCAGCCUUGCAACAGACAGACAGGCCGUGGGGCAAGUUUUCUCCCUACAGCAGGAUUCAGAUCACCGUCCCCUGGGCUGUUCCGAGGCAGUUUGAUCAGCUCUGCUUCUAAGAGUUCAGGAAAGCUGUCUGAGCCUUCACUUCCCAUAGAGGAUUCCCAGGAUUUGUACACCGCCUCCCCAGAGCCUAAGACACUUUUCCUAGGAGCAGGAGACUUCCAGUUCUGUUUGGAAGAUGACACUCAGAGCCAACUGUUGGAUGCAGAUGGAUUUUUAAACAUUAGAAAUCACCGGAAUCGAUAUCAGGCUUUGAAGCCCCAGUUGCCGCUGGCUAGCAUGGACGAGAAUGCCAUGGAUGCCAACAUGGACGAGCUGCUGGAUUUGUGCACUGGGCAGUUUACAUCUCAGUCUGAGGAGAAAUGUCAGCCUAGGAAGAAUGACAAGAAAGAAAACAUGGAAGAACUUCUGAAUCUCUGCUCGGGCAAAUUUCCUUCUCAAGAUGUCUCCCUGGUGGCUCCACUGGAGCUGAGGAAGCAGGAGAAGGAGAGCAGCCCAGAAGAUCCAAUGGAAGAGGCACUUGCUCUUUGCUCAGGCUCCUUCCCAACAGACAGGGAGGAAGAGGGUGAAGAGGAUGAAUUUGGAGACUUUCAGCUUGUUUCAAAAGAGAAUGGAUUUGCUAGUGACGAGGAUGACCGUAGUGACUCCGGUGACGAGGAGCUGGCCCUGGACCUGGAGGACGAUGAGGAAGAGCUCCUGAAGCAGUCUGAGAAGAUGAAACGCCAAAUGAGACUGAAGAAAUACUUGGAAGAUGAGGCAGAGGUGUCGGGCAGUGAUGUGGGAAGUGAAGACGAGUAUGAUGGAGAAGACAUCGAUGAAUAUGAAGAGGACGUCAUCGAUGAGGUGCUUCCGUCUGAUGAGGAGCUGGAGAGUCAGAUCAAGAAAAUACACAUGAAAACCAUGUUGGAUGACGAUAAGCGGAGACUGCGACUAUAUCAAGAGCGGUACCUUGCUGACGGAGAUCUACACAGCGACGGGCCUGGACGAACAAGAAAAUUCCGAUGGAAACACAUAGAUGAUACUUCCCAGAUGGAUCUGUUUCACAGAGAUUCCGAUGACGAUCAGGUUGAAGAACAGCUUGACGAGACCGAAGCCAAGUGGAGGAAGGAGCGAAUUGAACGAGAGCAGUGGCUUCGGGAACAGGCUCAACAGGGAAAAAUUGUUGCUGAAGAAGAGGACGUUGGGGAAGAUAGUCAGUUUAUGAUGCUAGCCAAGAAAGUCACGGCCAAAGCAUUGCAGAAGAAUGCCGGUCGUGCCGUGGUGGCUCAGGAAGCGAAGGCUGUGCUCGGUGACCCUUUCGAAGCCAUCAGACCAGGAGGUGCUCACCAGCUAAAGACAGGCUCCCUGCUAAACCAGCCCAAAGCCGUGCUUCAAAAACUUGCUGCCCUGUCUGACCUCAACCCUAGCGCUCCCCGAAACUCAAGAAACUUUGUCUUUCAUACGAUUUCUCCCACCAAGGCAGAGACAGCAAAGGACUCAUCUAAGCCUCAGGUGAGAAGAAGGGGACCAUCAUCAAUGAUGUCACCAUCUCCUAAGCGGCUAAAGACGAACGGUAGCAGUCCAGGACCAAAGCGAAGCAUCUUCAGAUACUUGGAAAGCUAACACCAUCCAGGAUGCCAGCGUCUGUCGAAAGUACUCAAAUUUCCUGGGUUGACACCACUUUCAAGUAGAGGUGUUCGGAGGAGGAAGAAAGUGUGGCAUUAUAGAAAAUUACAGAAAGCACUGAAAGCCAGCCCUGGGAUGAGGCCUCCAGAGCCACAUGACCCCUAACACGGUAACAGGCCAAGAAUCACGCACCUGCUCCUGCAUCUUCCUGUUCCUUCUGUGUCUUGUAAGUGUCUAGACUUGAUCUCUGAUUAACCUUUAUCACCUUUGAAAUAAGGACUUAAGCUGGUACCUAGUUCA